AUCGCGUCGUCAACAGCAUGCAUGCUUACCCGCUCUCCCCAAACUCCACCUCCGUCGUUGCCUGCGAUCCCACCAACGUGUCGUCCUCGCAUCGCUCUCGGCACCCUUUAUAAACCCCCCUCCACCGGUCCAUCUCUCAUUCGCGUUUCAGUGUUCUCUGGUAAACAAGGUGUCGGUUUCGGCAACUCGAGGCAAGGAAGAUGUCGAGCAGCCAGAUGUUCCAGUCCGGGAAAGCCCGCGGCGAGGGCGAGGCGCAGGCUGGCCAGUGGACCCGGUCGGUCCAGGACGCCGCCAGCUCCGUCCGCGACAUGGCGUCGGACAAAAUGCAGUCCGCCAAGGAGAGCCAGCAGCACGCCGCCGGCUUCCUGCAGCAGACUGGGGUACAAGUGAAGCAGAUGGCGCAGGACGCGGCGGGAGCCGUGAAGAACGCAGUGGGAAUGGGGAACGCCGACGCUGGAAGCGGCGGCGGCGCCACCACCGCCAGCACCAACACUAACCAGGCCCCUCAGGAUCUGCUGUUAUAGAGAGCUUUUGGUGGGCUGAUUUCUCCCACUUGCUCGCCAAUAAAUGGAUGGCUUAAGGGUUCGAGCCAUUCGAGUCCCAACAAGCAAGACGAUGUUUGGAUUCUUGUUCUUAUGUUUUGGGUUUCCUGGACUUCUAUGUGUUGUUUAGGAUUCAAUAAAUGAUUUUACCGUGUUUUGUUUUUUGUUUUGGGUUCAUCGAUUAAUGUGGGAAUCGAGCUGCUAUUAUGAA